AUGACAAAAGCCGCCAAGAAGCUUGCUGCAAAGGCAGGAUCAACUUCUCCAGCAGCAGGAAGUGCGGCCGCUUCAGCUACUGCUACGCCAGUCCUUAAUGAAGAUGCAUUUUCGGGCAAGGAUGCUAUCGUUGAGGCAUUUUCUCAGCAAUCACGAUUCCAUGAGGAAACGCUAGAAACACUUUCGAAGGAGGUGGAUCUCAAACAAGUCAAUAUUAAUAUUGGUGAGAAGCCCCUACUUAAGGAUACACGCCUCUGGUUUAAGUCUGGAACAAGAUAUGGAUUAAUUGGACGGAAUGGUACGGGGAAGUCAACCCUGCUCAAGGCAAUUGGAUACGGACAGCUGAUUGGGUUUCCGUUGAAUCUCAGGACGCUCUACAUCGAACAAUUGCCUUCAGAGACUCCGGAGAACCAGACUGUUAUUGAGACAGUGCUUAAGGCGGACACAGAGCGGAUCCUAUUGAUGUCUGAAUCUAAGUUGCUGCAGCAGUCUAUCAAUAAGUACCCGAAGCAACUGGUUAAAUGCAUCAAGAAGUUGGAAUGGGAGCGAAUUAAAGUCAAGUUGGCUGCCCAACAUAAGCUUGCCAUACGAAGGAGUGGUAAGCGUGGAGCAGAGGCACGUGAGGAGCUCUUAAUCGUUGAGGCGCAAGAAAAGGCUGCGCAGGAGGCGUUCGAAGCGGUCCCAAUUGAAGGAGUUGAGCCUCCUCUAGACAUCUUGAACCAGGCUCACGAGAUGCUCGAAUCCGUCUAUAACAAGCUUCAGCAGAUCGAGGCUGAUUCUGCAGAAGCGAGAGCACGUGAAUUGCUUCGAGGUCUUGGCUUCACGCCAGAGAGCCAGGAUUUACCAAUUAAACAGUUCUCAGGAGGCUGGAGAAUGAGGAUUGCGCUUGCGCAGGCCCUCUUUUUGAAACCAAACCUUCUAUUACUCGACGAACCUACUAAUCACUUGGACUUGCCUGCGAUAAUAUGGCUACAAAAUUAUCUACUAGAGAACUUGGACGAAGAUCAAACAGUGGUGGUAGUUUCGCACGAUCGUAACUUUUUGAACGCCGUCACGGAGGAAAUUAUUCGACUGCGCGAUUACCAGUUAUCUUACUUUCCAGGCAACUAUGACGAAUAUGAGAUGAAAAUGGAAGAUAAAGCCAAGAUGAAGGACAGGAUUGUGGCAGCUCUAGAGCAGAAGCGCAAGCAUGUUCAGGAAACGAUCAACAAGCAGCGGUCCAUCAUGAAUAAAACAGGAGAUGAAAAGCGUGGCGCUGUUAUUGCAUCACGGCAAAAGAAACUCGAACGGCUUGCGGGUUACAACAAGACAGAGAGUGGAAAACGAUUUAAACAAUCUUACCAUGCUGGAUUCCAUCAUAAUAUGGGGCUACUUAUUGAACGGGAUGUGCCGGAGCCUCCGGUAACAAUCCCUCUGCCGAUACCCAAGGAGCUUCGUGGCAACCCCACGACCUUGUUAUCUCUCAACAACGUAACUUUUUCCUAUCCCGGAGCUACUACCCGAAAGUCUGGUCCCGUGGUCCAGAAUAUCAAUCUUUCUCUUCAUCAAUAUUCUCGAAUUGCGCUCCUUGGACCAAACGGGUGUGGAAAAUCUACUAUCAUCUCAUUACUUGCUGGGGAUUUAACACCUACCUCAGGGACAGUGGAACGGUUCUCUUCAUUGGUCAAUAUCGGAUACUUCUCUCAGCACAAUGUAGAUAAACUGGAUGGAUACACUGCCAAGUCAGCAACACAGUACCUUAUGGAUACUUUUCCUGAUGACUAUAAGAACCCGGAGAUGGCACGGAAAUAUCUUGGAUCAUUCGGUGUUGCAGGCCAGAUUGCGCUAUUGCCCAUGUCCUCAUUAUCGGGUGGUCAAAAAGCACGAGUUGCCUUGGCUAUUUGUGUUCAAGGGGGACCACAAGUUCUGUUGCUGGAUGAAAUCACAAAUCAUUUAGACAUGGCGACGAUUGAAGGAUUGAUUGUGGCGCUCAAAUCGUUUGCAGGAGCUGUUGUACUGGUAUCUCAUGAUGCCUACUUUGUGAAGUCUGUUUGUGAAGAGGAUGAAGAUGACGAGUUUUUCGACGAUGAGGAGGACCAAGCUUUAAAUGAGGAGGAAGCCGGGGUCGUGUACCGUGUUAAGGGUGGAAAAUUGAUCAAGAUGGAAGGAGGUGUGGAUGAAUAUGUCAGAAAGGUUGUUGCAGAAAAUAAGAAGGGUAUGCGUGCUGGAACCGGAAGGCCAAUCUAA